GUAGGAUUUAACUUACGCAGACGCGUGAAGCUGCAGUGAAGAGAGCGCCACCUACAUUGCAGCGGCAGCCAGCGCUUUUUCCACUUUUUGCCCAGAUCGUAAAUAAAGGCAGCCCGGGCCGUCGAUGAAACCGAAUCCAGAGCUUUUUGAUUCUGCUAGAUUCACCACUUUCCCGCUGCGCCUGUUUGUGCAGCGGCAUAUUUUUAUGUGCUGCGUUUCCAUACCUGCGCAACAGCUCCCCACAUGUCGUCGUCUCCUGCACCAGAGCACGCCUUGGCAUCAUCGCCCUCCGAGGUGCCGCUCACCAGCUCGAAGUCUAUCGUGACAGCUGUGGGUCGACUUCUGAUGGAUUACGCACUUCAACUUCGCGACGACGUCGGCCCGCCUCACCGCGAUGCUCCGCAUGCUGUGAUAAAAACUGAAGACAACGAUGAAGGGCGGUCUUCCGCGGACGAUAAGGGAAUGGGUGCGUUUGUCGACGGCAGCGUGGCCGCAACUGAAGCAGAAGUGGCUACGCAACUGACGCAGGCGGACGUCGCAGAGUGCCGUGGGCGGCUGCAGCGUCUACAGCGCAUCCAUCGCACCCUUCUUUACUCCGUCGGAGCGCCCACGUUAAGCAACAGCAAUGAUGGCCGUGACGGCUCUUUCGUUGCUUCGCAGGGAGUCAGGGAGGAGGAAGAUGAACGCAUGGACGACUACAGCGAGACCAUCCAGCGCAAUUCUGUACUUACAAAAGUGCUCCGUCGACUGGAGCGAAUCAACCAACGAUUUCAAGGCACAUCGAGCGUUGUCGCCUCGCAAUUUCAGCCCACGAUGGCAAGCUUAGCAGACACAGAUGCAGACAUAGCGGUCAACAGAAAUAUGGCCGACAUGGCGUCACAGGAGACCUCACGCACUCCUCGCACCGUCGAGCCGUUGAUGACGCCCGUCUCCCUCGCUGAAGGUGCGCUGUCGGCCUUCAGUCGCAACGUUGGCGUUGUAUUUCGGCGUCGUCCUGCCGGUGGCGUGGCUGCCGGUGCUCCCGCAGGCGCGCCACUGGAGGCAUCGCGUAGCUCUACCAACGGCAAACGAGCCCGCGAGGGGGACGAGGCGACGAAGGAACCUCUCAAUCACUGGGCCACGCUGGCGGCGCAGCAGCGCAAGUCUCGCUUCGCCCUCUACACCCUUCGCUCCGCGCUGCUGCCGCGGGUCGACCUCGUCUGCGCCCCAUUGUAUGUUUCACCGGCCGUGCGCGAGCUCGCGCAGCUCAACGCGGCCGCGGAGUGCUUUAUGCUGGAGCGGGCCUGGUGCGUGCACACGAAGGCGCAUCUGCUGCGCGAGGCACCAUCGCUGGCCCAGGAUGUCGAGGUGCAUCAGCAAAAUUUGCGCGAGGCACUGAAGAACUACCCCCUGGCCCGUCAAGAAGAGUACAUCCGCAACGUCAGCUACCUGCGCUUUGUUUGCGCGGAUUACGGAGUCCUCCGCCUGUGCGUGCAGCAUGCCCUUUUCGUGGAUCUCACCUACGAUUUGAAGCGGAAACAGUGGACUCUGUUAGCUCUGCAUUGGAAUCUCUACACCACCGCUGCCGGGGCAUCUCUCAUCUCCUCCGCACUCACCGACACGACGACGGCGACGAGUCCAGCGGCAGCCGCGGCACUACAGGGCGACUCCAUUUCCUUUGAUUCCGAUUCCUGCCGCACGUCCGAGGUACACCAGCAACUCCAACCUGAAAACAAAGAGGCUCUCUUUGCUUUUCUUCAAAAGGCGUUUACGCAGGGCGGUCUAAGCGGUGGCGUGCAGGCGUCAAAUCGCUUAGCGUGUGCCGUGGUGUUGGACGCUCUCGCCACCCAGCUGCAGCAUCUUCAGCAGUUUUUUUUCACAGGCGGCAGCAUGGCGCGCUUGAUUGACGUAGAGGUGCGUCCUGGCACCUUCAUCAGUUUUCAUCUCACCUUACCGGAGUUACUUGGUGCAAAGCACAACACGGCUACACCCGCCGGGAUGGAUGCGGUCCACGUGAAAGUUGCUGUGUGUGGCGGCACCGUUAUGAUGGAGCGGGUGCGCGGGACAGACCUCGCUUCUCGGGCGGUGACGCUGCUGCUAGGUGCGUCGUCUUUACUUCCGUCGCAGAGUUCUGUUGUGAAGGGCCCUGCGCGGGUUGUGGUGGAUAUGGAGGCGUUACUGUGGCAGUGCCUUUCUGCUGAGAACUGA